AUGUUCAUCUACUAUUUCCUAUUUUAUUUUUCAUUCAAUGUACUUGUAUUUGCAUCGCCGGGUGAUAAUCAUUAUUUGUAUCGAGCAUGUUUACACCAUUGCAAGCAAAUUAAUUGCAGUACAUCGUUAGGUUUACGAGAUUUUCAAGAAAAACAAACAUUUUUUGAGUAUAUUUUCCAAUGGUCCUGCCAAGAUGAAUGUGCCUAUGAAUGUAUGUGGAAAACUGUUGAUAAUAUGGAAGACAAAGAUGAGCCUAUUGUACAAUUUCAUGGCAAAUGGCCAUUUACCCGUUUGCUGGGUAUUCAAGAGCCUGCAUCGACAUUAUUUUCCAUACUAAAUUUACUCUCAAAUUAUAUAUUUGGCUAUCGAGUACUUCGACGUUCGCUCAGAUACGGUUUGCAUCCACUUUAUUCAAUGUGGAUAAUAUUCUGUUUGAUAUCGAUGAACGCAUGGGUAUGGUCAACUAUAUUUCACGCACGUGAUAAACCAUUAACAGAAACGUUUGAUUAUAUCGGUGCUCUUUCUCUUGUUUUUGCGCAAUUUGCAUGUUGUAUUAUUCGUGUUGGCUAUCGAACAAAAUAUAUGCGUUUAGCAAAAUUGGCAACGUUAUCGAUCUUCAUUUUUUUUCUUUAUCAUGCUUAUUAUUUACUUUUUAUUAAAAUGGAUUUUGGUUACAAUAUGAAAGUAAAUAUUGUUAUUGGUCUUCUCAAUGUGAUAUGUUGGCUCCUAUGGAGUGUAGUGAAUUUUCUUGCCGGAAAAGUUUAUGUUUGGCGAUGUGCAUUAUCCGUUGCGUUAACAAUGGCUUUUGUUGCGUUAGAAUUAGCUGAUUUUCCACCGAUCUUUUGGCUGAUUGAUGCACAUUCGUUGUGGCAUCUUUCGACCAUGUUUUUACCUAUUUUAUGGUAUCGUUUUAUUGUUGAUGAUUCGAGAUAUUUGCUAGGUUAUUUCGAUUGA